AACGAGUAGACUGGCGUGCAAAGCGAGCGCGCCUGCGAGAGCGGAGCCCGGACCGUGAGCGCGCCCUUGAUGAGAACAGCCCGUCCAAUUAUGCGUGUGCCCCCCUCGGACACUCCCUUCUCACUUCACUGCUUACUCAACCACGAAAUCAAGCGACCAAUUCCCAGAUACUGGACAUUUAAAACCGGACCGAGCCAUCACUGUCCAUUCCCGAAGAAGCGACGGAGUGAUGCGAAUGCGUUUGGUGCCACGCGGAACAGACAGAUUGCGCUCGUGUGUUUAUGAGAAACGACAAGAGGACAAAAAGUCACGUGAAGACAACAUUCAAGACAGCUGAUGAGAGGGAGCAAGAAGAAGAAGAAGAAAUUUGACAAAUGGCCGCACCUGAUCUUUUAGAUCCCAAAUCAGCCACGCACAACACCAAACCCCGGCUGUCGUUCUCCUCCAAACCCAUCGUCUUUAACUCGGCGGAUGACUGUGAGACCCUAACCACGGUAAUGAAGUGGAAAACGGUACUAGCGAUCUUCUUGCUGGUAGUUCUGUACCUAAUCAUUGGAGCCACCGUGUUCAAAGCCCUGGAACAGCCUGAGGAGAGCUCGCACAAGUACCUCAUAGUAAAGGAGAAAAUCGACUUCCUCUCCAAGCACGCCUGUGUCAACACUUCUGAGCUGGAGGAUCUGGUAAAGCAAGUGGUGUCUGCUAUUCGUGCGGGGGUCAAUCCCUCAGGGCACCGCUUCAAUGGGACCAGCAUAUGGGACUUCAGUAGCUCCUUCUUCUUUGCAGGAACGGUCAUCACUACGAUAGGGUUUGGAAACAUCUCUCCACACACAGAGGGAGGAAGGAUAUUUUGCAUAAUCUAUGCCUUGCUGGGGAUUCCACUCUUCGGCUUUCUCUUGGCUGGAGUGGGCGAUCAGCUGGGAACCAUAUUUGGCAAAGGAAUAGCAAAAGUGGAGAAGAUGUUUGUGAAAUGGAACGUGAGCCAAACCAAAAUCCGUGUGACAUCCACAGUCCUGUUCAUCCUGUUUGGAUGCCUGCUGUUUGUGGCCAUCCCAGCGCUCAUCUUCCAGCACAUCGAGGGCUGGAGCGCUCUGGAAUCUAUCUACUUUGUUGUCAUCACAUUAACCACUAUUGGAUUUGGAGACUUCGUGGCAGGAGGAUCUGAAAUUGACUAUCUGGACUAUUAUAAGCCUAUCGUGUGGUUCUGGAUCCUGGUGGGUCUUGCCUACUUUGCUGCAGUGCUUAGUAUGAUUGGAGACUGGUUUCGGGUCAUAUCCAAGAGGACAAAAGAAGAGGUUGGAGAGUUUAGAGCGCACGCUGCAGAAUGGACGGCUAAUGUGUCGGCCGAAUUUAAAGAAACGCGGCGGCGGCUAAGUGUGGAAAUUUACGACAAGUUUCAGCGGGCGGCGUACAUCAAGCGCAAGCUAUCCUCAGAGCUCGGGCAAAACCCGGGACAAGACUUGAUGUCAUGCAGAAGGACCCUGUCUGUUAACUUCACAGAUGAACUAGAGAAAGAACCAUCUACCCUAACCAAAACUGGCAGUCUCUACCUAAAUGGACUUACUCCAGACUUCCCCGAUCUCGGAGAGAUUUCCAUUAUUGAGCGUCUCAAAUAAGAUUUUGUCUCUCGUUGCUCAAAAACUUUGAUAUGAAGAGGAAGAUAUGUCUGGGUCAUAUCGUUUGAUUAGGACAUUUCAUAUCUAGACAUUUUCUUUCAUGGACACACAUGGAUUUGCCAAUAUUGAACUCAUUGAGGGGAAAAACGUAUGCCUUGUUGCAGUGAAAUGAUCUGUCUGCAUUUUGUAGGAAUUGUGAUAACUUUUAAUAAAGUCUGUAUUUUUUAGCAAAACAAGCCAGAAGCUUUUAAAAUACAAUGAAUCAUGUUUGUGCCUUAACUAUCAUCAGGAAUGGGUUGCCAGCAGCUGCUACAUGUUGAACGAUACAGUGAAAGAAUGAAUCACAACCCCUGUUUGUACAUCAUUGUGUGUCAAAACAAUGAAAAACUUUAUUGGUUUUUGGAUGUGUGAGCAUCUGUUUACCAAACACGUACAGGGUAUCUGGCAGGAAUAGGUGACUGUUUAUGAUAUUGACACAGCUCUUUUCUUGUGAUUCGAUAGCUCGGUUUUUAUCUUGCAUUAGUACAUAUUUACACAAAAUUUAAAUCCACGUUAUUGAAAAACAGUUGUUUUCCUUUAAGAAUAUCAACUACUGUAGUUUUAUUGUAUUUCAAAAUGGUGAAAUUCUGUAAACAAAUCAAUUUUACUACUAAAUUUUACAAAACUACAAUAUGAAAAAAGGGACUAACUUGGCUAUUGGGUUAAAUUAAUCCAGAAAAUGUUUAUAUUUUACCCAACAAUAUGUAAAAACAACCCAGCGUAGGUUAAAUUACAAUUUAAUCAGUUGGGUGAGUCCCUUUUUGACCCAAUGUUGGGUUAAAAAUAAAUCUGUACUUUUAAGAGUGUAAUUGAGGUUUUAUCUUUUUAUCAAACUAUUAAUUUAAUUUUGACACAAUUGGGAUUGAGUUCCAUAAAAUGACUGCAUUUUGUUACGUCUACUGUAGUAUUAAAGUUGUGCAUAUUUUUACAUUAGCCUAACUUUGGCAACCAGCAUAAAGCCUACAUUGUAUUGUA